AUGUGCAAAGGUAUUAUCGUCGCCCUUCUCACCCUUUUAUUUCCAUUUUUUAUUAAUGCGGGAUAUAAUGAAAUAGUUGAAUGUGUUGCGAUGGUCGGAGGGCAAAAAAAGCCGAGUAUUUCACCGAACGCUUGUCACGAUAGUAAUAGCGCUUUUUGUAUGGCUCAAUUCGAAUUGAAUGCAGCUACUAUCGGUGAAAACUUAAAUCCCAAUAUGGCAUAUAAAGUGCAUGAAAACUGCAUGAAAGCAGAGCUUAAACGAUUGGCGAUUUCCAUGUGCCCAUCGACAUGCGCAAUGUGUUGUUUGACGAAGCAAUUUAAUUGCAGUGAUGCGAGUACAACCCCGUCACAAAGAACUUGUGUGGACAGACCGAACUGUGCACAAUUCACUCACCUAUGUAACACUCCACCAUACUCGACAACGCUGAAACAGCAGUGCCCUAUCAUUUGUCGUGGAACAUGUUAA